AUGACGCCCCUAAGUCCCACUUUGGGAUCUGGAUGCCCCGAGAUGAGGUUCCUGAGGUCCCCGUAUGCCCGGCUCCACACCCGCUCGGUCUUGCGCCCUCCUUGGUGCCACCACUGGGGCUGGGGGAGUGCAGCUAUGGGAAGAAAUGAAAGCACUUGCAGUCCAAUGAAGCCACCUACAAAAGGAGCCUUCCAGAUCCUUCGUGGCAAUGGCACUUCUGUGGGGACAAUACUACUAUUCCACUGUCCUUCUGGCCACCAGAUGGGUGGGCCUGGCCUCAUCACCUGUGCCUGGAGGGGGAGCAUUGCGGAGUGGUCUUCAAGGGUACCCAUGUGCAAGUCUGUGCUCCCAUAUGAGACCUUUGGCUUCAGGGUUGCUGUGAUUGCCUCCAUUGUCAGCUGUGCCAUCAUCCUCCUCAUGUCCCUGGCCUUCUUCACCUGCUGCCUGAUGAAGUGUGUGAAGAGGACAGAGCAGGGACACUCUAACAGAACAGCCCAGAUGUGGUACCAGCUCAGAAGAGAGGACCUGGAGACUGUGCAAGCUGCCUACCUUGGCCUCAAAGGCCUCAACAAUAAUAAUAGUUAUACUAGGAGCCAGCCCCACUUGGGUGAAGUUGCCAUACAGGUGAUGAUGCACAUUGAGAACCCUACACUCACUCUACCUGCAUCUGGACUUACCCCAGGAAUGCCAGGAUAG